AUGUUCGACGAAGUUGGGUUGGUUGCGUGUGCGACGCGACGUGAAACAUGGGCAAGGAAUUUGAAUUUUGGAGAGGGGGCUUCAGACUCAUUGGACUGCUCGUUGGAUGUGUUCCAGGUAGAGAAGUAUGAUGACGAAGAUUUAAUCAAGCUUCCAAGGCCUUACAAAGGAAUACUCAUUAGGAUCUGCAGACUGACUAAGGAGGCAGGCAUAAACUACAUGAUAGCUGCCCUAAGCGAGCAAGGUUGCAGCGGCCCCCUCCAUUAUGCUUGUGUUGCAACGAGCAUUCCUGCUCGAGUAGCCAUGACUGAAGGCUUGAGGUUGUUUAAGUAUGAGGAUCUUUGGAGCGAAAGAUCCCUGAGUCUAACUAAUCUGGGACUCUGGAUCUGGACCAUUGAGUACCGCUCGUUGAUGCAUGACUCAGGCAUGCACCAAGUGCGCAAGCAAGAUUCAUGGAAAGAGCAUUUUACUCCAUUGAACGUGAAGUUAUUCGAGAACUAUUCUGGCAAACUUGCCAAGAAACUUGGAUAUUGA